AGAACGUCUGCCAGCAGCAACAUCUUCACCAUCCUCCAACAAGCCUGCAAGCCUUUUACACAAUGAGCAGCUCAAUGCGAUCCUGGACAGCACUGCUGGCCCUCGUACUCUGUGUGCUGGUGUGCCUGAGCAGCCUGGCUGAAGCUUAUCCGCCCAAACCUGAACCUCCAGCAGGAGACGUAGGUCCGGAGGAGAUGGCCAAAUACCACACGGCCCUGCGGCACUACAUCAACCUCAUCACACGGCAGAGAUAUGGGAAGCGGUCUGGUCCUGAGGCAGCAAUGGCGGAGCUCCUAUUUGGUGAUGAUGAACAGGAUGUAAGACCACGUGCUGAUGACCGCUUGGCUUGGUAAUCCUCUCCUUCAUCUCGCUGCACUCCUCUCGCAUCCCUCCGUCCGUCUCUGUGACAAUAAAGAAGUUUACUGAACAGCCAAAGCUGCAUGAACCAGCGGCCCUCCUCCUCUUCCUCCUGAGGGCCUCCUCUCUCUACUCCAUACGGGCAACUGUGUCUCUUGAUCUUUCUCUUUCUCUUAAAAGAUUUUCUGUGAAGCGACAAUUGUAAAUAAUUUGUUACUCACACAAGUGAAAUUAAUAAAGAAUGACUUGAUGUUGAAUGAUGGUA